AUGACUGACAGCCUGACAGCUGCUGUGAUUGGCCGACUGCUCCUGCCGACACAUGAAUUGGAGUCCAGCAGUCCCAGUCUCUUGGCUCCUGAUAACACUCUGGAACGAUCCUUCUUCAUCCGGAUGAAGUCGACGCUCACGAAGAGAGGAGUUCACAUCAAGUCCUCAGGCUACAAGGUGAUCCACGUCACCGGGCGUCUGCGCAUCAGGAUGACUCUGACGCACAGCCGCUCAGUGCCCAACCAGAUCAUGGGGAUGGUGGUGGUGGCUCACGCGCUCCCUCCGCCCACAAUCAACGAGGUUCGCAUCGACUGUCAGAUGUUCGUCACCCGAGUGAACAUGGACCUGAAGAUCGUCUACUGUGAGAACAGAAUCAACGACUACAUGGACCUGACCCCUGUGGACAUUGUGGGGAAAAGGUGCUACCAGUUCAUCCAUGCUGAGGACGUGGAGGGAAUCAGACAGUGUCACCUGGACUUGAUGAAUAAGGGUCAGUGUGUGACAAAGUACUACCGGUGGAUCCAGAAGAACAGCGGCUACAUCUGGAUCCAGUCCAGCGCCACCAUCGCCGUCAACGCCAAGAACGCCAGUGACAAGAACGUCAUCUGGGUCAAUUACGUCCUCAGUAACCCAGAGUAUAAAGACACGCCCAUGGAUAUUGCACAGCUGCCAAACCUGCCCGAGAAAACCUCUGAAUCCUCCGAAACCUCCGACUCUGAGUCCGAGUCCAAAGAAAACUCAGACAAUGAGAACACCAAGUCUGAGGGGAAGCUGGGCCACCAAUCUGAACGCAGUGAGGACCCAGAGACCGACAGCAAGCGUCAACAGCAACCCGGCCAAUCACAUUGCUCCUCUGAACAGGAAAUGAAACGUCAGGAAGAAGGAGACAGUUCCAGUAACCCUGAGAGCCAAGACAGCGAUGACAGUCUGGAACCUUCAGAUGGAGAAGGAGAGGAGCAGGAGGAGGCCAGGGUGGCAGGAGGAGGCGGGGGAGGAGGUGGAGGAAGGCUGGCAAGGUUAACAGGACUGGGAGGUCUAGGGGGACUGGGCGCAAUCGGAGGACUUGGUAAUCUGGGUGGACUUCAUAUCAAAGUAGAGCACUAUGGAGAGGGGGAAGAACUGCAUCUGCACAACUCGCAAACUUCUUCUGAGGAGGAGGAAGAUGAGGAGGAUGAGGAGGAUGAUGAGGACGAAGAUGGAAUCAUGCAAGACUGCGACGGCGCCAAUGAUGGAAGCAAGCUCCAAAAGCGGCGGAAGAGGAGGAAAGUGCAGAAAUGGGACGGAUCACAAAGUAAGAGAAUCCGUCUGUCCUCACCUUCGCCCAGCCCUGUUGCCAUGGGAGAUACCACACCGCUGGCUGACCCCUCCCAGGCCACGUCCACUGCCUCCUCCCACCUCCUCAGCUCCUCCGGCUCCCCAAACAGUGCAGGGGGGACGUCCUCUGUCCUGAAAAUCAAGACUGAGAUGGCAGAACCCAUCAACUUUGACAACGACAGCAGCAUCUGGAACUACCCACCCAACAGAGAGAUUUCCAGAAAUGAGUCUCCGUACAGCAUGACUUCAAAACCGGCUGGUCAAGGAUCCCAUGAGACCUUCCCCUCACCCCAGGGAGGGUCUCUCCAGGUGUCCAUCCCUGACUCUGUCCUCACCCCUCCUGGAACUGAAGGAGGAGCUGGAGGAGUGAGGAAGCCUCCUUAUAACGGAAGCUCUGCUCCGUCCUCUGCUUCAAGUGCUGCAAGUUUAGCACCUCCAUCCAGCGCCUCCUCUGCGGACCCGUUGUCACCCCCUCUCUCCGCCUCCCCACGGGACAAGCAACAAGGCACUCCCACCACCUCCUCUUCUUCUUCUUCCUCAUCUUCAUCCUCCUCCUCUUCCUCAUCAACCUCUUCCUCUUCACUGCUGUAUUCUGGUGACCUCGAGGCUCUACAGCGUCUGCAGGCUGGUAAUGUUGUGCUCCCGCUGGUCCACAGGGUCACAGGGACACUGGCCCCAACCAGCACGACGGCUCCACGGGUUUACACCACUGGGACUAUCAGGUACGCACCAGCGGACGUCACCCUGGCUAUGGCACAAGGGAACCUCCUUCCCAAUGCUGCUAUGAACUUUGUAGACAGCUCGGGGUUCGGCCUUGACCCUAAGACACCCAUGGAGAUGCUCUACCACCAUGUCCACAGGCUCAAUAUGUCGGCAGCAGCAGCCGCCGGCCCGUUUGUUGGAUCUCCGUCGGCAACGGGCGGGAACGGCGCCCUGGGAGGCCAGAUGCCAACGGCAGCCAACGUUUUCACAACGGCAGAGGGACUUUUCUCAACGCUACCGUUCCCAGUGUACAGUAAUGGGAUCCACACCACACAGACAACUCUGGAGAGGAAGGAGGAUUAA